CCCAGCCCGGCAGGUCCAACACCACCUCCCGCCACACCGAGGUCUCAACCCCUAGUGUCCUACCUGAGGAUACCUGUUACAGGCUCCUGCUGCCACCUGUCCUUCCGCGCAUCUGACGACCUGUAACUCUACUGAUGUGAGCGUCUGCCUUCCUGACCCCACCACCGCUGCCGUCCUCCCUGGGCAGACGAGCAAUAUUCCAAAUUUGGGAACAUAUUUUCCGUGUGAGAGGAGGAAGUGGGGGGAGCCGGGAGUGCCUCAACGUCCGGGACUCUUCACAGGUGUCACCUUCCGUCCGCACUUGACUGAUCCUCCAGUGUGUGACAACUGAACUGAGAAUUUCUCCAGUCAAGUUAUUACUUAACCCAACAACUGUCAACUCUAAUAUCUUACCGACUGUAAAGGGCGCUUCUCUGAAGAGACACAAAGCGUCCUUCAGUACUCCGGAUAUUUUAUAAAGUUAAGUGAUUCGAACUUAAUAAGGAAGUGAUCGAAGCAGUACCUCUGGCAGGAUGAUGGUGAAGGGUGACCACUGUUCCUCCAGCAGCGCAGCCUCGGAGGAGAAGUAUGGUCUGCGUCCCAGAACUAUCAUCAAGAGGCUACAGCAAGAAAGAGUUCGUCAGGAGGUUCCCAAGAGGGCGGCGAGGCCCAAGUCGAGGCCGGCGCCGCUGUCCAAGUAUCGGAGGAAGACUGCCAAUGCCCGAGAACGUCACCGAAUGAAGGAAAUAAACAACGCGUUCGAAUCUCUUCGUAAAGUUCUUCCUGACGUCAUGGAAGUUGAGGCAGCUUCGUCUUCCCUGACCAAGAUCACGACCCUCCGCCUCGCUGUCAACUACAUCAGGACCCUGUCUCACCUGCUGGAGGGCGGCGGUGUCUCCUCUUUAGAGAACUCCCUCUUAGAGAACUCCCUGCAGCAGUCCCUGCAAUGUUCUUUAGAGAACUCCCUGCAGCAGUCCCUGCAAUGUUCUUUAGAGAACUCCCUGCAGCAGUCCCUGCAAUGUUCUUUAGAGAACUCUCUGCAGCAGUCCCUGCAAUGUUCUUUAGAGAACUCCCUGCAGUGUUCUUUAGAGAACUCUUUACAGUAUUCUCUAGAGAACUCCCUACAGCGUUCCUUCUGCAGGACGACACCUCCACCAGACAACACCGUCACCGCCUUCCACUACCAGUAUUCGACGCCGCCCCUGAGCCAGCAUUUCCUCCCUGAGGCGCCUCUUUUUUCGAGUUAUUACUCCACCUCCAGUCACAACUCAGCCACCAGCUCGCCCUCCACAAUACGAGGAUCACUCAGCAGUGCCAGCGACCUCGAGGACCUCCUCUCCGACGACUCGGGUCUGUUGGAGGACAACCUCGAUGUCUUCCAUGACAUCCCCACCUUGAGUGUUGCUGAUCCCCUCGACGUCCUCCUGGGAGCUGAGAGGGACGCCCUCGUCUUCACCACCGAGCUGUGUAACUAACCUCGGCCAUAGUGUGUGUGUGUGUGUGUGUGUGUGCGUAGGUCGUUACCGCAGCAAGAGGCUCUUCCCUCACCAGCUCAGGUGUGUUAUUACACCUCAGAAAUUAUUGUAAGGUGUGGACAGUGCUCACCUUUCUCCUAAUUACAUGUACUUAGUGAUGAGGUAAAUGUAAUUACCGAGUACUUAGGCAUAUGUUACCUGUACUAAAAUACAGGUGCGCGCUUGUCCAGCGGACGUGUGUGUGUAUGUGUGUGUGUGUGUGUGUGUGUGUGUGUAUGUGUGUGUGUAUGUGUGUGUGUGUCUGUGUGUGUGUCUGUGUGUAUGUGUGUGUGUCUGUGUGUAUGUGUGUGUGUGUGUAACUAGUCAGGCAGUUCUGUUCCCUCCCGCCCGGUGAGGAGGACAACAGGGAAGGACUCAACCACUUACAGUGUUGAACAAGACAUUACUAACAUCACAACGGUAAUACAGUGUGUCUCAGAACCACCACGCUACAGUGUGUCUCAGAGCCACCACGCUACAGUGUGUCACAGAACCACCACGCUACAGUGUGUCUCAGAGCCACCACGCUACAGUGUGUCACAGAACCACCACGCUACAGUGUGUCACAGAACCACCACGCUACAGUGUGUCUCAGAACCACCACGUUACAGUGUGUCACAGAACCACAUGUGCAAUUCUAGUCUAAUGUGCCAUAUUUUGUGUCACCCGGUAUUAAUGGUCACGUGAUCUAGCCGCGUUUGUUGUUGUUGUUGUUGUUGUUGUCAUAAUACAUCACAUGUGUGACUUUUCAAAAUAUGUAAUAUGACAAAAAAAGUAAUUUCUUUCUCACUAAUAAUGUAUCAAUAUGUUACAGGAGAUAAUUAUGUAAGAUGAAUUAAUUACAUAAUACAUGAUAUGACAACAUCCAUAUUGUGUGUGUGUGUGUG